AUGUCGACCACCCUCUCGCGCUCUGCGCCCCCGCCCUCCCACCAGGAGGUGACGCGCAAACUCUCCAUGCACUCCAAGCCACCCCCAAAGGUCCGUCGCCUUGGCCGCGCCUUAUCGCGCCGGCAUCUGUCCCACACGGUGCCUAUGUCACUCUAUGCUUCUGAUUCGGAGGAUAUCGUCUUCCCAGAGUCGUCAAAUAACGUCCCGAACGUCACCGUCACUGCAUCCGCACUCGCGACCAGCCCCUCCUCGCAGCCGCCCGCCCUCUCAGCCAUCGCAGAACGACGCGACGGGAGCGGGGAAGAAUCAGAGGAGGAUGAAGACGAGGGCGAGGGCGGCUGGCGGACCGCGGACGGAAAGAGGGCACAGCGUGGCUCGUAUGACGAGACGGUACUUAUGACAGGCUACCUAUGGAAGAAGGGCGAAAGGAGGAAGACGUGGAAGCGGCGCUGGUUCGUGCUGCGCCCCGCGCACCUCGCGUUCUACAAGACCGACGCGGAGUACAAGCUCCUCCGUCUCCUCGAUCUCAGCGAUGUGCACACCUGCACACCCGUCGCGCUCAAGAAGCACUCCAACACGUUCGGGCUCGUCUCGCCCACGCGCACGUUCUACCUCUCCGCGGAGACAUCCCUGGAGCUCGCGAGCUGGGUCAAGGCGAUCAACGAGUCGCGGCAGGCCCUUCUCGCCACGAAUGCCCAGGCCGCAGCCACUGCCCCGGUCCCCAUACCGAGCUCUACCUCCAACCACCACGCGAAGCCGCUGCACUCCGCGCCGCCGAUCGUGGCGUCAUCACUCUCGCAGUCUCCCCUCGCACACCACCUUACCUCCUCUGACUCGGACGACGCGUCCCCGGCGCCCGUGAGACACGUCCAGGAUCACUCCCCCUCCAAGCAGGCGGGGGCGACCAAGGAAUCUCCAAAAGUCGUGUUGUCCGGCUAUUUACUAAAGUGCGGCUCGCGGCGGCACAAUUGGCACAAACGGUGGUUCGUCCUGAGCAGUGAGAAGCUCAUGUAUUCUCGGAGCCAUAUAGAUACGAAGCCUCACCGAGAGGUACCGCUGGCCCAGAUCCUUGACGCACUCGAGUACGACCUCCCCCCGCACCGCAACGCACCAAGCAACGUGGUGGCCGGGAGCGCGUCCCCUCCGCAGCAAUUCGCGGGCGUCGGCGACGGCGACAACGUGCACCGGCAACACACCUUCAAGAUCGUGACGACGAAGCGAACACUGCUGGUCUGUGCGCCUAGCGAGGAGGAAGAGAUCAAGUGGCUCAGUGCAGUACGUGCGCUCAUCGCCCGACGAUCGGGGGCUGGCGUCAUGCCCGGGGAUGCGACACCAGCGAAACUCUCCCCCGGGGCGCCCGCUGCUGGAGCUGGCGCGGGGGCGAGCGCAAGCGCGGGGACGGGGAAACGCAGAGACUCGUUCGCCCGGCGGCUCAGCCUGAGUGGGCGGCCCGCACUGGGGGGCGUCGUGCUGCCGCAGGAAGCGGCAUCUGAACGGCAAUCUUGA